GCGCCUCGGCGCGGGAGCGCGCCCCGGGGAGAACCCGAGCAAGAUGGAGGCCGCGCAGAGGCCGCCGCCUGGGCCGAGGCAGCCGCUGCUGGGAGCGCCGAGCCGCGGCGCCUAGGCCGUGCCAGUCCCGGAUCCGCUGCCCCCGGCCGUGCCCAGCUCCCGCCCGGCAGCCCGGCGCUCCGUCCCGGGCCGGCGGCCCCCGCCAGCCGCCGCCGCCGCCGGCCCCGCCUCCGGGCAUCAUGCUGCCCUCGCAGGAGGCCUCCAAGCUCUACCACGAGCACUACAUGCGGAACUCGCGGGCCAUCGGCGUGCUGUGGGCCAUCUUCACCAUCUGCUUCGCCAUCAUCAACGUGGUGGUCUUCAUCCAGCCCUACUGGGUGGGCGACAGCGUGAGCACCCCCAAGCCUGGCUACUUCGGCCUCUUCCACUACUGCGUGGGCAGCGGGCUGGCGGGCCGCGAGCUCACCUGCCGGGGCUCCUUCACCGACUUCAGCACCAUCCCGUCCAGCGCCUUCAAGGCGGCCGCCUUCUUCGUGCUGCUCUCCAUGGUGCUGAUCCUCGGCUGCAUCACCUGCUUUGCGCUUUUCUUCUUCUGCAACACGGCUACGGUCUACAAGAUCUGCGCCUGGAUGCAGCUCUUGGCAGCUCUGUGCCUCGUCCUGGGCUGCAUGAUCUUUCCUGACGGCUGGGAUGCCGAGACCAUCCGGGACAUGUGUGGGGCCAAGACGGGGAAGUACUCCCUGGGGGACUGUUCGGUGCGCUGGGCAUACAUCCUGGCCAUCAUCGGCAUCCUCAAUGCCCUCAUCCUCUCCUUCCUCGCCUUCGUGCUGGGCAACCGGCAAACAGACCUGCUGCAGGAGGAGCUCAAGCCGGAGAACAAAGAGACGAGGUUUCCCCAUGUUGCCCAGGCUGGUCUUGAACUCCUGGCUUCAAGCAAUCCUUCCGCCUUGGCCUCCCAAAGUGCUGAGAUUACAGAUUUUGUGGGCUCUACAGUAAGCUCUGUGUUGCGGCCCGGGGGUGAUGUCUCUGGAUGGGGAGUCCUUCCCUGCCCCGUGGCUCACUCACAGGGACCCUGAAAGGCCAGGAUCACAGCCCAGUAAUUGGCCUGACCUCAGCUUGUCCUGCCUUCUGCCCUCUCGUCACUCCAUUCAAGCUCUGAGGGAAGACCCUGAUCUCAGACUUACUUCUCACCGACUACCCUGCAAGCACCAGGCUUUGAGGAGAGGAAAGCCUGGAUGUGGCCUGGGGGAGAGGAGAGGCCCUCCAAACCUUGGGAGGGUCUAAUUCUUGCUCCUCCCUCAAUUCGACCUAAGGGAGCCUGCAUCUGCCUAGGCCCUUGGGCUUCUCCUCUCCUCUCUAGACUGGCCUGGAGGUCCCUGCAGAUCCCCAAGGAGAGCGGAGCUGUAGUUCCAGCUCCCCAGGCCGCCUCAGUCUGGAGGGCUGCCGCCUGGCUGUAUCCGCACCUCUUCUGGUCCCUGCCUCUUCAAGAAAUUUAUUCUAGAUACUGCUCCAGGGUGGGCUGGACUCUUUCCUACUUUUUUUUUUUUUUUGGCUGAUGUUGGUUCCACCACAUCUGCCACAAAGCUCCAGGUGCCACCAGUCUCCCCUGGGACCUCCUCUGCUCCAUUCCAGCCUGCUCCCAGCUCGCCCUGAGGGGGAGCUGCACCGAGGGAUGCACAGGGCCCUGCUGUCAGCUGCAGACCGGGGCCCUGAUCAGCCCAGAGUCAGAAAAGACUUUCAGGCUCUGGAGGUAGCGGGAGGGGGUACGUGGCCUCGGCAGUUGGAGCUUAGAAGCUGCUCAGCCUGGGCUGGCCUGGCCUCCUCUUCCUCUCUGCUGGAACAUCUCACCGAUGACUGAGCCCUUGACCUUGGCCUCUUUUGCCCAGGCCUCCUCUCUGCUGGGAUGUCUCACCAAUGACUGGACCCUUGACCCUGGCCUGUUUUGUACAGCACAGACUUCUUGGCCCUGUUGUCAGGGUUGGGGGUGUGGAGGGGACCCCAGAGGUGGGGAGUUGGGGGAUGCAUUACCCCUUCUGCCCCUUUUCAUGCCCUCCACACCCCAGGCAUCUACCAAGGGCAGAGACUGUCUUGUCUCUUUGAUACUUUUCUGCAUAACUUGAUCUUGCAGUCAUCUCUGAACAGGGUACCCCUGUCCCCCUUCCUAGGCCUUGUUACCCUGUCCCAGCCUCUUCCUCCUCCUGGCCCACCUCUCGCCUUGCGAUAUGCCCAGGGUCUGCACCUAUGGGCAGUGCUUGGAGCCGAGGCAUGAGUGUAUGUGUAUGUGGGUGAAAUGUGUGUGCGUGUGUGUGCGCGUGUGAGCGUGUGUGUGUGUGUGUUGGGGGACAGGUGAGAAGUUUCUCCCCCCUCCACCCACUGUGGGGGCGUCUCCCUUCCCCUUGGCAGGGAGCAGGUGAGGGAGACUCCUGGUAUUUUUUGAACACCCGUCAUUCCCCUGUGGGUCUGGCGGCAGAGCCAUCUCUCCCGGGGAGCCUCCCUGCCCUGGGGCCUGGACAGCUCCCUCAGCACUAGCUGCUGGUGCGGACCGGCUUCGUCCAGCGCCCCCUCCUGGCGGCCUGGACCUGCAGGGAAGGGGCGGUGCCCUGCAGGAUGCUAGGGGAAGCCGCCUCGGGCCUCGGCGGAGGGGAGAGGGUCGCUUGAGCGCCAUGUGUUUGCCAACCUUGUGUUCAUUUCCACAGGACUUGGACCUGAGAGUUAGGGUUUCCAAGAAAGACCCUAGAAGUCCCCUGCCUGUCUCCCCACUCUGGACCCUAGCCGGAAUCAGAUGUUGGGACCUAGUGGGUUCCUGCCACCUGUAACUUACCAAGUCCCGACUUCACUCCUCCACUUACUCCUCCCGGGCAAAGCCUCCCCGCAGUGCUCUGGUCCGUCCCAGCGCUGGGCUCCCCUUCCCCGCCGGCGCCUUCCCGGGCAGUCCAGUCGGCCUGGGGUAGGGGCGCUGCGGGACAGAGGGUCCGAGUUAAAUGCGGGAGGGUGCGGGAGCCCCGUGGGAGGGAGUUGGGGUGGGAGGGAGUUCCUCAAAGAUGCAAACCAAAGCCCAGCGUUGGAGGGGGAGAGCAGAGUUAGGAGAGAGUGAGGGGAGGGGCGCAGCAAGCGACUGGGAAUGGGAGAAGACACUGGGGUGAGGAGAAGAGGGGUGCAGAGACAGGGAGAUGAGAGAUGAUUGGAGAAGGAGCGAGGGGGACGGACAGGCACAGAGAGAGACAGCGCGAGGAGGAGAGAUCGAGAGAGACGGGGCAGAGGUGGAGAGAGAUGAGAGACCAGCUGAGAGGCUGCCCGAGAGCUUGGGGUGGGGGAGGGGAAAUGGAUGAAAAGGCGGAAAAAGGACUCGGGAGCGGGGAAGAGGUAAAUGGAGAUGUGGGUUGGGGGCAAGAAUGGGAUGCAGAGGAAGGAGAGGAGGAUGAAGGAGCCAGGAUGCGGGGCAGUGGGGAGGGGGUUGCUGUCUGGGCAGUGGGUGAGGGGAGAGCUUGUUCCCCCAAGGACGCCUGCCACCAGGUGUCCUUGCCACACCUUGUUCCCCAAGGACACCCACCAAACCUGUGCCCUGGUGCGGGGGAUAGAACUGACCUUUCAGAGGCUGGAGGCCCAGGGCACAGGCAGCCAAGGCCGCAUCCUUUUGGGGAGAACUGGAGUGAAGGAAGCCACUUCAGAGCACGUAGUGGGUCCAGCUGACUUAGGAGUGGGUCAGCGCCGGGUAGAGAGGAGGGAGGCUAGUUCCCUGGUGGGGUAGCCUGGCAACAUUCCCAUUCCACCGCACCUGGCCAGCUGCCAUCUUGGCAGAGCCAGGGGGAGAUGCACCAGGGAGUUUGGGGUCAGGAAGGCAGAGUUGUGUGGGCUGAAGUCUGCGGGAACCCCAGGGUGACACAGGCAAGGGGUAGAAGUCAGAGUGGGGACCAAACCAUAGACUGGGGCCCCGGGUUCUGCAGAGGUGUGGAUGGGGCAGGUGGCAGGUGCUCCAGUGGGGGCCCCAGGUGAGGCCCUGAUGGCUCUCCUGGGGCAAUAAAGACAUCAUGGGAAGGGGGCUUUGUGGUUUGCCUCUGCUCUCGUCGGGCGAUCUGGCUUUAGCCUUCAGGAGGAGGUAAGCAGAGGAGAUCAGUGCCUGUUUCUGACCCCAGGAGGGCCUUGUUGGGCUCCAACCUAGAGCCUUCCGGCUUCAGGUCCCAAGAGAAGUCCCCCCCUAACUGUGACCCCCCUAACUGUGAUCAGGGGUCUGCCAUUGCCCGCUUUUCUCUGCCUGAUCUGGGGACUCAGGAGAGGCCACGGCAGCCACAGCCUAGGGGUGGUUCAGUCCCUGGCCCACAGUGCUGGUCAGUUGAGUCCUUCUGGGAACUGGGGCUAUGAAAACUUUUGUCUUUGGGGACCGGUACCCAUGAAGGAAAACUUUCCUGAGGGGGUGAGGACCAAAGAAUCAAGAUCCUUUUCAGGCCUGAUAGCCAAGAUGAUGAGAACUUUUAGAUAAGGCUGUGGGGAGAGUCCCUGGCCUUUUGAGCAUCCUGCUUGGGCACACGGGGAAUAACCUUUCUCCAGCUUCCAGUGUGAACUGAGAAAGGGAAACCCUGUCUUUGGAGAAGCUGGGAUCUUCCCAGCACCAGAAACUUCUGCAGGCCCCUGCCUGGCCCACGGCUAACCUUUGGGUGGGACUGGAGUUUCCUGAACAGGGAACAAGGAAGCCUUCCGCAGAGCUCUGACGGGCAGGCCUCCGAGGGCCUGUGCUGUGUGCUGUUAGGAUAGCUUGGUGUUGUCUACACCCCAUUAGUAAGUUUUGUCUGAGUGUGUCCUCGCUGUUCAUUGUCUAAUUUGGUAACAUUUAUUUUGGUCCUGACCCCUUCUGCUGCUGCUGGGUUUAAGCUUCAGUGCAGGUGGAAUGACAUUCAAAUAAAGAAACACUUUCUAUCA